UUUUUGGACACUGGCUUUAGUCAGUCAAAACUGUCCCUUCCUCUCUCUCUCUGCUGGUGGUACAGAUUGCCACUGUCACAGAUUUGCCCCUCUGAUCAAAACGAUUCACUCCCAGGGUCCCCAUUCCAAAAGCAGAGAGAAGUUUGUUAGCCUUGUCGUGUACCAUGUACCCCAAAAUUCAUUAGCGUGGACUCACCACUCCAACCCAUUAGUCACAGUAAACCGUCACAAAAAGGAGAGAAGGAAAAUCAAUGAGAUUGAUAGGUUUGGAGGGAGCAAUGGAAAGGCUUCGACCCCUCGUAGAAGCCAAGCAAUGGGACUACUGUGUCGUCUGGAAACUCGGCGACGACCCCUCCAGAUUUAUUGAGCUGAUGGGUUGCUGCUGCGGCGGCGGGUACGACGGCGGUACUGUCAAGGUGGAAGAAGGAGAGAGCGAUGAGACUCGGGUUUGCAGAGAUGGGUUUCUGAAGCACUCGAUCAGGACUAAGGCUUGUGAGGCGCUUGCUCAGCUUCCUUGUUCCAUGCCUCUGUAUUCUGGGAUUCAUACGGAGGUGGUGAUAUCGAUGCAACCCAGGUGGCUCUGUGGGCAUCCCAAUGCCUCGGCUUCAAAUCCUUCUCAAUCUCACGAUUCAACUGGAACCCGAGUAUUGAUCCCAAUGCUUAGUGGCCUUAUUGAGCUCUUCUCCACAAAGAAUAUUCCGGAAAAUCGAAAGAUGGUAGAGUUGUUUACGGCUUCAUUUAAUGUCUCUGUAAAACAAGAAGUCAUAUCUGCACAUGAUUAUGCCAGUGUGAGCCUCAAUGCUAGUGAACCACAAAGGGUGCUACCUUCUUUGAGUUUUGCAAGCGUCAUUCCUAGGCCACACGUUUUCCCCUCAGUUUCCCCAUCCACCUCCUGCCCUGAGGGAUCAUCCAGCGGUUCGAACCCUUCAAGUCAUCAACAUCCAUUGCUGUCUUCGCACUCUAAAAAGUCUAAGUGUGGCGACAACUUGAUCCAGCAACCAGCAGGCUUUGCUUCGGGCAGUGGCAGUGUGGAAGAGGAACAUAAUGCAAAGGUUAACAGGAAACAAAGCGGGCACUACCGAUCCAAGAAUCUCAUAGCUGAGAGAAAUAGGAGGACGAAGAUCAAAGACGGACUCUUUGCUCUGCGUUCUCUAGUCCCGAAAAUAACCAAGAUGAAUACAGCUGCUAUUAUAGGAGAUGCUAUUGAAUAUAUAGAAGAGUUGCAGAAGAAGGAGAAAGAACUUCAAGAUGAGCUCAGGGAACUUGACGAAGAGGAGGACCUCACCAAGACCAAAGCGGAUAUGAAAGUUUUGGCCUUGGACGAGAGAAAAGAAGGCAGAAUUUGCUUGACUUCUGCAGAGCAAAACAAGAGUUCCUCCAGUUUUGUCCGAAAAAGUCCAACCGUUGUGCAAGUGGAAGUGAACCAGAUUGGCAAAAGAGAUUGCUUGAUUAAGCUGUUCUCUGAGCAUAACCGAGGCGGGUUUGCAAGGUUGAUGGAGAAUAUGGAUUCCUUAGGACUUCAAGUUGUUGAUGCCAACGUCACCACAUUCGACGGAAAUGUCCUAAAUAUUCUCAAGGUUGAGGCAAACAAAGACAUUCAGGCAAAGAAAUUGAGAGACAGUUUAAUCCAGCUAACAAGGGGGACAAAUCAGACUGUUCAUAAAGGGAUAAUCUGAUCGAUUAUCGUUGAUUUCAGAAUACCAAAGGUUUCAUCCAAGAACAUCUAAACAGCUCCUUUAGCCAUGUCAAAGUAUGAAAGAUUAUUCUUCUUUCAUUUAUCGUCGGAAGUAUGGAAGUUUUGGAGGCCAACAUAACAGGUUUUUCCAUUUCAUCUCCUCAUAUAUGAGCAAACUCAUUCUUCAAGGACCUUUUAAAAAUAGAUUGCUGGGUCUAAUGAAGUACAAUUACAGUAAAAUAUUCUGCUAAUGAUUGCAUCGUCGAUUAAUCAAUGCUAAAUUCAUAUGAUUGAUACA